UGAUCUUAUAUAAAGUUAUUCUAUGUCAAAUGCAACUUGUUUGUGAUUCUAUUUUGUCUGGUUAUUGCUAAUUGAUACUACUUUUUUUUUUAUUACGUAUAGAGGUUUAUAACUUUCUAAUUAUGAAGAGAAUAACGCUUUUUGUCAAUGGCACCAAUAUUUCAAAUGGCAAGGUAUUUAUGGUAACCAAUUCAUUAGAUGAAUUAUUAACAGCAGCUAGCACAAAAUUUAACAUUGUUGCCAAAAGAAUAUUUAAUGUUCAAGGUGGAGAAAUUGAUGAUAUUAAUCUAGUCAGGGAUGAUGAUGUUUUAUACGUUUCAUGUGGAGAAGAUUUUAUUUCAAAGGAUAAGCUUUGUAUUCCAAGUCAAUUAAAUACAUAUUCAGAAUGGAUUACGUUGAAUGUUGGUGGAAAAUAUUUUACAACAACCAGAGAUACUUUAACAAAAAAGGAACCAAUGAGUAUGUUGGCCAGAAUGUUUACAGACACUACAGACACUGAACAAAGGAUCUUACCUAGCCGACAAGAUAAAAAUGGUGCAUUUCUAAUUGAUAGAAGUCCUACAUAUUUUGAACCAUUGUUGAAUUAUUUAAGACAUGGACAAAUAAUACUUGAUACCAAUGUGAAUGCAGCAGGUGUUUUGGCAGAAGCACGCUUUUAUGGAAUAGAAGGUGCUAUUAAUAUAUUGACUGAAAUGGCAGAUGAAGAGGAGCUUCAAAGAAGUGGUUUAGUAUCAUUAACUCGUAAAGAUGUACUUAAAGCAAUUAUGUCAACACCUACGACAUCAGAACUUAGGUUUCAAGGUGGUAAUUUUGUUGGUGCUGAUUUAUCACAAUUAGAUCUCAGAAAUAUAAAUUUUAAGUAUGCAAUUAUGCGUGGCUGUAGUUUGGCAGGUUCAAAUUUAUCAGGUUGUUGCUUUGAACGAGCUGAUUUAUCUCAUGCAAAUUUACAAGGUGCUGUGUUAAGUUGUGUAAGAAUGCUAUGUGCAAAUCUAGCUGCUGCCAAUCUUCGUUCAUGUAAUUUUGAAGAUCCUUCAGGUGUACCUGCUAAUAUGGAAGGUGUGAAUCUUAAAGGUGCCAAUCUUGAAGGCAGUAUUAUGUCUGCGGUAAAUCUUAGAGUAGCAACAUUAAAAAAUGCUAUUUUAAGAAACUGUGAUCUUAGAUCAGCUGUAUUAGCCGGUGCAGAUUUAGAGUGCUGUGAUUUAUCAGGAUCCGAUUUACAUGAUGCAAAUUUGCGUGGCGCAAAUUUUAAAAAUGCUGAAUUUAAUCGAAUGUUAACACCAUUACAUAUGUCUCAAACGAUACGAUAAAUUUAUUUUAGAUAUUCUACAAUAUAAAUAUUUAUUUAAUAUGUAAGAUCAUAGUGAAUAUAGUGAUUAUUUUUAUAGAUUGCAAUAUUUAGUGUUAAUGCAAAAUAUGCGCCUAUAAUUUUUUGUGCUUGUGUGUGUGUACUUGUUACGUUAAAUUAUUACUAUAUUAUAAAUUACAGCGCUGCAAUCAGCGGUUUAACUAAAUACUUAUAAAAUUAUUUAUGAAAUAUUUAUUAAAAUAUUUCAUUCCAUAGAAUUAAAAAUUAUAAAAUAUAAGAUAAAAUACCACAUAAACUUAUUUAAAGAAAAUAAAAAUUUUGAUAGAUAUGAUGAUUAGAAACUUUAUCAAAUAUAAUAUAUAAACUUUUAAAAAGAUAUUUAUAACUGAAAAAUAUAGAAUUAUACAAUUUUUUAUUUUCUAUUUUUCAGUAUAUUAUAAAUAUUUUCUGUAAUGUUUUUUAUCAAAAAAGAAAAAGUAUUAUAUUGUAUUAUAUUGUAAUUUUUAAAAAAAUGUAUAAAAACAAAAUAUUUUUUUUUCAUAACAUAGAGAUAUAUUUUUUUAUUGAUUGCGGCGUUAAUAUGUACAUUCAAUAAAACUUUAUUUCUAUUUUUUUAUAUAAAUUUUUAUAUAAAUAAUAUAAUUUCAGUGUAACAAGAAUAAACCAAGUUACUUAUCAAUACUUAAUUAAUAUGUAAUUUUUUAAUCUAAUAUAAUAUUUUUUUUUAAUCUUUUUAUAUUAUUAUAUUAAUAUAUAGUAAAUAUACCGAUAUUAUUUUAUUAUUUAUAUUAAUAUAAUAAAUAAUCGAACGAAUUUUUUUUUUAAAAAUUCGAAAUUUUAAAAGAUUCUUAUUCCUUAUUUUCUAUAAAUAAUUUAUUAUUAAAAAUUCUUAUUAUAAAUUAUCGAAAUAUUAUUAAAUAUUACAAGGAUAGAUAUAUUAUAAGAUUUAAUUAAUGUUAUAUUAUUUUCAUAAAAAUUUUUUGUAAAAGAACGAACAAUCAUUAUCUUAUAUGCUUUAUUUUAGAAGAUUAUCUCCAUAUCGACUCUCCCUUAUUCCACUUCUUAAAUUAAUUAAUUCUUAUUUGAACAUUUUGAAUAUUUCCAUUCCUUUGUGAUAUGCAUAUUCUUGAUAAUCAUGUCAAAGUAAAAUACAGUUUCGAACUAUAUAAUAAAUUUUCCGAUGAAUGUGUUCGUCAUCGAAGUUUUCAUAUCCAUAAAUUACCUUGAAAUUCCUUGGAGAAUCGUCAGCCUAAUUAUACAUUAAAUAAUAAUCAAUGCGAGGGAAAAGCCAAGUACAAGAAAUUUUGACAGAAUGUUCGGUCAAAUUUAAUUUGUCUCUGCCACGAUUGUUUGCAGUUACAUGGAAUGUGUCGAUGGAGAACGGGACUAGUAUUGCGACUUGUUCGCGGAGAUUCGUCCUAAUCUCAUUUAUCCGAAGUCCAGAAACAUCCGCGACGUUGCUUCAAAGUUAUCUGCUUCCCAGAGCAACGAAGUCACUUUAACGAAGUCACCACAGACGCAUUCGAGGACGACUUCUACUCUGAUAGGAAUAAUAAUUUAUCGAAAGUUACUUGUUUUGUAUUUUUCGUCGACAUUGGAAUUUGGUAUGUCUUCGAUUCGAGGAUUAAAAAUUGAAGGAGAAUGUACAGCCAAGAAUUUGAUAUCACGAAUAAAAUACUUUGAACAAUU